AUGUAUGUUGCGGUUCAGGCACUUCCUCGUUGCCUGUCUGACCAUAUUCCUUUCAACUCGUUAAUCAACCUGUUGUGUACCGGGACCGCCCACGUUCAAACAAACAUCGCGAUGUCAUCUGCCGAAUCGCUCAAGGCUAUCGCGCGGCAGUCGCACGCUCAGCAAGUUACUAUUGGAUUUGCCAGGUUCAUCUUCAACUUCGACGCUAGAUACUCUACAAUGUCAGACGAAGGCAUGCUAGGACCGGGGCACAUUGAAUCCACUCUGAGACUCUAUGUUGAACUGCUGGGAAUCUGGAUAGAGGAGAUCAAGCAGAAGACCAAGGGCGCGGGGACAGAUCUUGGGGAUAAGUCUAGUACCGGAAGCCGGGCAUUGCAACUGGACCUUUCUACCGUCCUUGCGCACGUCGAAGAAAUCGAGUCUCAUGGACUGUUCUUCUUAUGCUCACAAUCGCGAAGGGUCCGUGCAUUUGCCAUUACGGUGCUUCGGCUGAUCACGGAAUUUGACAACGCCCUGGGCAAAGAGAAUACGAGAAUCAUUAGAAUUCUCGAAGCAGACUCGCAGCAUAUCUUGGAUGUCAAUGACGAACAACUCACAGUCGCCGAAAGGAGUCGCGUCCAAAAAGGCAAGCGAAAGAGUGCUUUGCAGAACACUCUGAUCGAAUUGUGCAGCAGCGAGGUGUCGUAUGAUUCGACUCUCUGGUCCAAGGUGUUUCCAAACAUCGUUCGCAUCAGCUUCGAGACGUGCCCUUUUGCAGUCACUCUGGGCAGAGAAAUAGUCUGCGCAAGGCUGGUUCAGAUGCACAAGACGAUCACUGCACUUGCUGAGAAUCCCCGUCCUCCUUACUAUGGUCCAGUGGACGUUACACAGGCUCGUACAUUUGGUCGUAACAGCAUGACAGCCGAAAUUCUAGUCGAACAGUGGAAGCUGUAUCUGGUCAUGGCGUGCACCACCCUGAACAGUGUUGGUGCGCAGUCGCAGAGCCAAUUGGCAAAUGCCCAGCAUGCUCGGAAAUCGUCCAAGGGUCAACAGCAAUCGCAGGAUAAGAUCAGUUCAGCCCGGAGCCUGUUCGCGUUUGUCAUUCCCUUACUUUCGGCUGAACGCGACUCCAUCCGGAGUGCCAUCGUGGCAGCCUUGGGUUCUAUCAACAAGAACCUUUACCGUACCCUGCUUGAAUCAUUGCAGUACGCCGUUACGACCUGCAACGAAGAAGCCAAGAUGAGAAUCGGUGUACAUUACCGAUCCCCAAGCAGUCCUCGACGCAGCAGAAAGACGGACAGAUUACGAACAGAGGUCACGCAUGUUUACAAACUGACCUCUCACUUCCUUCGUGAACCUGAGGUGUACAAUGACGACUGGAUCGUCAACAACCUCGUUACCUACACCAAGGACUUACGCAUAUUCCUAAGCGAUUCAGAGGUCCAGAAUGACUGGGAAUUCCAGCGAUUACGGUUUCAUUACUGUGGGUUGAUGGAAGAGCUUUUCGAGGCUAUCAACCGAAUAGGAGACUCUUCUCGCUGGAUACCAUUCGAGUCACGAAAGUCUGCCUUUUCGCUGAUGGAGGACUGGUGUGGAUAUUCUCCCAAUCAGUCUCAGAUCUCCCAAAGGGAGGAGCACAUGCGGAAGUUCGCCCAUCACGAAGGCGAAAUGCGUAACACUGCUGCCGCCAUGGAAAUCGAGAAAAAGAAUUUACGGGCGGCCGCUCUGAGUGCCAUGGCGUCACUCUGCGCAGGUCCGAUUAGUAUCACUACAGAAACCGGCGUGGUGCUACAAUUCGACGUUGGACGUAUGCUGUCGUGGGUUGGUAUUAUCUUCAACACCAUCAGCGAUAAGUGGCACGCGAUUGGCAGACGGGCACUCAAGAACCUCAUCAUCCACAACAAAGAGCAUUCGUACCUGCUCGAGCGGUCGAUUGAAAUGUGCUAUGUUACGGAGCGCCCGAAGGCUUUGGAGAGCUAUUUCGAAGUGGUCACUCAGGUUCUCAUAGAGAAUACCGAUUAUCAAUUCAACUUCUGGAGAAUCCUCGGUGCUGUGCUCGUUACCCUCGGCAAUCAGAAGCGCGAGAUAAGAAUGAAGUCUGCUAAGCUGCUUCGGAUUCUGGAAGAACGUCAGCAGAAGAGUUCGCGACUCCAAGAUUUCGACAUCAGCAUUUCUGACAAGACCACGGCCGUCUACAAACUUGCCCAGUUCGAGACGUCGAGGAGACUAGCAAAGCAGCACUCAGACUUGGCUUUUACUUUGUUCUCCGAGUUCGCAUUGCACUUUAGGAAUAUUCGCCCUGACAGCCAGCGGAAUAUGGUCGCUGCUAUUCUGCCGUGGGUGCAGACAAUGGAACUCCAGGUUGAUCCCAACGGUGGUCCGACUGCCAAGUCGUAUAUGCUGCUCGCGAAUUUGUUCGAGAUAACCAUCCGCUCUAGCACCAUAUUACCGAAUGAGGUACAAGCCCUCUGGCAGGCUCUGGCUACGGGCCCCCAUGGCGGAAAUGUGCAGCUAGUGCUCGAUUUCAUCAUCAACCUCUGCCUCGAACGCAAAGAGCAGAACUUUGUCGAAUACGCCAAGCAAGUUGUUGUAUUCCUAUCUGGGACACUCGCUGGGUCAAAGGUGAUCGAGUUCUUCCUGAUGCAGGUCAUCCCCAAGAAUAUGGUGCAGGAAAGGAAAGAGAUCACCCCUGCUCCUCCGGAUACCAAGAGCUUGCCGUAUGUCGCGGAUCUGGGUGCGGUGUUGCCAGUUGGUAAUAAGCAAGCAGGUCUGUCGCUUGGUCAGGUAGCUUUGAUCUUCCUGGUCGAUUUGAUGGUUGCUCCAGUCACACUGGCUUUGGAAGAUGUUGUCAAGCUGCUCCAUGUUGUCCUCAUUCUCUGGGAUCAUUACACCGUCACUGUGCAAGAGCAGGCUCGGGAAAUGCUGGUACAUCUGAUCCAUGAGCUGGUGGCUGCGAAGAUUGAGGACGAUGCGCCUGUGGAAACUCGUCAGGCUGUUGAAGACUUCGUGGAAUCCAUCCGCAAGAGUGAUGCAAAGGUUGUCUGGGAUUACGAGGAUAACAGCGACAAGGAGGAUAUUGAUGAGGCGAGUCGAGUGCCGCUGUCAAUGUCUACGGUGACCCGUCAAGUUGUUGAUUUCUUCAGCCUUGCUUACGAAGGUGUCAAUGAUCUCUGGGCAAAGGAGGCACUUAACUGGGCAACUUCCUGUCCUGUCCGUCAUCUUGCUUGUCGAUCGUUCCAAAUUUUCCGCUGCAUCUCGACGUCGUUGGACUCUAGAAUGCUUGCGGACAUGCUUGCUCGUCUUUCCAACACCAUUGCGGACGAGGAGGCUGACUACCAGACAUUCUCCAUGGAAAUCCUUACGACGCUGAAGAUUAUAAUCAGUUCUCUGUCGCCGGCUGAUUUGCUGCGAUAUCCCCAGCUCUUCUGGACUACUUGCGCAUGCUUGAACACGAUUCACGAGACUGAGUUCAUUGAAAGUAUCGGCAUGCUUGAGAAAUUCAUGGACAAUAUCGACAUGAGCGAUCCGGUAGUGGUAACACAGCUUAUCGAGGGUCAACCUCCCAGAUGGGAAGGUGGCUUUGAUGGCCUUCAAAAUCUGGUCUACAAGGGAUUGAAGUCUUCAGAGUCUCUCAGUCGGACGUUGGAUAUCCUGCAUCGGUUGAGUGGUCUUCCCAAUAACCAACUUAUUGGCGACGGAUCUCGGUUGUUGUUUACUAUCCUCGCCAACCUGGCCCAUUUCCUCCAUCAGUUCGAUUCGGAGGUCGAUGACCCGAAGACUCUUGCUCGUGCCACCAUGUUGGCUCGCGUGGCAGAAAGCGAAAACUGUCCACGAUUGGCAGCUUCGCUUCUAGGGUUCGCUAAUGGGCAAUACAAGGCAGAGGGCGAUUUCCUGAACCAUAUCAUUUCCGAGAUCCGGUCGUAUUACUUCCCGCGACAGGACGUUCACGGUCUGAUAUUCCUCAUGGGCUUGUUGACCAACACGACCGACUGGUUCAGGAUAAAGGUAAUGAAUGUCCUCUGUGCGUUGAUACCGGACAUUGAUAUGAGAAGGGGGGAGGUCACAUGUCACGGACCUGAUCUCAUCUCGCCUCUCUUGCGUCUAUUGCAGACGGAUCUCUGCCCUCGGGCUCUGCAGGUCAUGGAUCAUAUCAUGACUGUCUCGGGUAAUCCCAUGGAACGACAUCAUCUUCGGAUGAGUAUGGCGUCGUCUUCGUCGUCACGGGCUAUUCGCAAAGAAUACGAGCGUAUCCAGAGUUUGUAUGGUAUACCCGAGCCGACGGGCUGGUCGAUCCCUAUGCCUGCCACACAGUCAAGCAUUACGCGACACAACGUCCACGCUGUGUUCUACACCUGCGCAGAGGUUGACCUCAUGGAAGCGCAAGAAACCGCUCCUACUGAGGUGGAGUUCCACGCGGACGGAUACAAUGAUUCGUUCUUUCCCAUGCGGGCUGAUACGAUGAAGUCGAUUGAUACGCAAAUGGAUGGCAAUAUGGGGGACAUUGUGUCGAAGCUGGACAGUCUGGACGAUUUCUUUGAGGAGACAGAGACAAUCAAUUCGUCAAUGACACCUGCUUCAGACACCAUGUUGUCAGGGUUCUCAGGUAGUUAUGUGGAUACCAGCGAGAAUCGCUACGAUCAACAGACGGCACCUAUUCUCCGCAAGUCUCUCGCGCGGACAGCCUCAUCGUCGUCAUUCCAUAACGGCUUGGCUGAGUCUCGACCGCCGAACCUGCGCAUCGAUAGUAGCAACGUGACAAGCACGCCACCUCUCGCGCCUACUCAAGCAUCACGUCCAGCCUCCCAUGCUCGUUCCGUCACGUCCCCGGUAAACCAUCUGUUCUCGCCAACAUCCAACCCACAAAAUCUGACCCCUUCCAUCGGUUUCAACGAAUCAGCUUUCUUCUCCGAUGACGAGCCCGAAGAGAGUAUGUCUGACAUGGACGAUCGCCUGAUCAUCAACAAACCGGCAAUCUCGCAUCCCCUGGGACCGCCAACACGGAGCGUGACAGACGGGUCACAUUCCCUCGAGUCCAUGAUCAGAAGUGGAAUGAGACGACUUACAGGUGGCGCCGUAACAAACCGCGAGAAGGAGCGUCAGCGCGAAAUGAUCCGCGCACAGCAACGCGCUAUGGUGCAGACGAUUGGGUCUCCGCGUGUGCCCAAGGUACCGGCUGAGUAUCUGCCGAGCAAUCCGACGUCGCCGGGACACUAG